AGUCUGAUGUUGUCAAAAACUGGUUUAUUUGCCUGCUGCCUGUUUUGGGAUUGUGCAUGCUUACCUGUCUUUUCUAAGCUCCAUAUUUGUAGUACCUAAUUAUUCAGAUUUACCGUGCUAAACAUUGCAAUGGCUGCCAACGGGACUCAGAAUGGAGGGGAUGGAAAAGGAUCCAGUCUGGAACAGCUGGCCAAAAUGACCACGGUGGUCUGUGACAGCGGCGAUUUCGGCACUAUGGAGAAAUACAAGCCGACGGAUGCGACCACGAAUCCUUCGCUGAUCCUGGCCGCGGCUGGAAUGAGCCAGUACAACGCCCUCAUCGACAAGGCCGUCGCUCUGGCCAAAACUAAAUCCCAGGACGUGGACCAACAAGUGCAAAUUGCCUUCGACCAAGUGUUCAUCCUGUUCGGCUUGGAAAUUCUAAAGAUUGUCCCCGGUCGUGUUUCCACCGAAGUCGACGCUCGUUUGUCUUUCGAUAAGGACGGUCAGAUCGAGAAAGCUAAACAACUGAUUGCUUUGUACAAAGAAGCUGGCAUCAGUAGCGACCGAAUUCUGAUCAAACUGAGCUCCACCUGGGAAGGAAUUCAAGCGGCGAAAAUCCUGGAAAAAGAGCACAAUAUCCAUUGCAAUUUAACCCUUCUCUUUUCGCUGCCCCAGGCCGCUGCUUGUGCUGAAGCCGGAGUGACUUUGGUUUCCCCUUUUGUCGGUCGCAUCCUCGAUUGGCAUGUGAAGAACACUGACAAGAAGUCGUUCCAGCCGUUAGAAGACCCCGGCGUGAAGAGCGUUACCAAGAUUUACAGUUACUUCAAGAAGUUUGGUUAUAAGACGGUGGUGAUGGGAGCAUCAUUCCGAAACGUGGGAGAAGUUACAGCCUUGGCCGGGUGUGAUUUAUUGACAAUCAGUCCAAAGCUUUUGGAAGAACUGGCCAAUUCUAAUGAGAAAAUCGAGAAGCAUCUGGAUGCGGGAAAAGCGAAAGAUUUGGAUUUGGAAAAGAUGGUGUUGGAUGAGAAGACUUUCCGCUACUUGUUGAAUGAGGACGAAAUGGCCACUGACAAACUAGCUGACGGAAUCCGCAAAUUUGCUGCUGAUGCCAUCAAACUGGAAGAGCUUCUGCGUGCCAAGUUGAAGAAGGCUUAAAAAUUCUCGUUCUGCUUGUGGUUUUAAGGCGAUAAUGCAUAUUCUUGGCAGCGCCACCGGUUCAAGCACUUACACUAAAUUCCAGUUUUCUUUCCGGUAGUAUGAUUUUUUCUUGCAGACAGCAGAGCAUACUAGGUAUUGUGUUUUCAAAGUUUUGCUUAUUUAUUAUGUUCUUUAAAAGAGGAAUUAUUAGAUGCUGUAAUGGGUCCUUGGGAUUGGGCUUUCGGGUUGGCUUGAGGUGAUCGUAAUACCUAAAUUUAUCGCGAGC